AUGCCUCCGAAAAGCUCUCGCGCUAAGGCGGUGGUUGAUGCUCCUGCUGGUGGUGGUGAUCCUGCAAGCAAGUCGACACCAAGCAAGGGAAAGGAGGUCAUUGACAAUCUCCCGUCGGAAGCGGAGGUGACGGCUGGUAGCUCUGGUCUCACCAUUGAGGAAAAACUGCAAGCGCUGGCUACGGUUGCUUCGGAUGACUCGUUUAUUGGGGAUGAUUCAGACGAGGGACUUGAGAUUGACACGUCCAAGAGUGCUCACCCGCAUUUGCGCUUCACGGCGGUUUUGCUCUUCCCGGUUAUUCCUUCUCGCGAGGUUGCUUCGAUGAUUCCGACCGUGAGGAUGCUGAUGAAGCGUGUCUGGUCUAACCUGCUUACUGAUGAUUUCCUCGCUUCGGUGAAGUUUAAGGAGCUGUCCCCCGCUUUUGUCGCGAAGACCCGCUACAGCCGGCUCCAGGUCUCCUUCCUGCAUGAGUUCGACGCGGUGAAAAUCAAGCAAAGGGCUUCACUGACGCGUCGCUUGCCCCUCGCAGCUGCUUCUCUCCGCGCUUCUCCGCUUAUCACCCCACUACUGCUGGAUGAGGCUUUUGUGCUCAUCUCCACUGGGAGCAAUCGGGAGGAAUGGCUGUGUACCCUCGAGAGUUGCGGGAAGACUCAUGGCAAGUCCUUCAUGGCUGCAGCGGACCACAUCACGUCGGCAAGUCACCUGCUGGGCCUGGAGAAGUUGGGUGCAGCCACCCGCAGCUCCCUGGAGAAGCUCGGUCUGCAUGUCAUCCGCAAGGAGUACCAAAUCUGA